AUGACUGAAGUUUCAUCACCGUCAAGUAGAAAAGUAGAUGAUUUUCUAACAAGUUUAUCUCAAUUAUCUCAAGAAAGAUUAAAAGAAGAUCGUCAAAGACAAAGAGAAUUACAAAAAAAUAUUGAUGAAUUACAAUCAAGACUGACAAAUUAUAAGAAGAGUGAUAAAUUCAAUUCAACUCAAUCGCUGUAUAAAUUGGAUAUUCAAGAUUUAAAAUUUAAUAGAAAUAUUGAUAAAGAUGAUAAUGAUGAGAUAACUCCAAAACUACCUAAAAGGAGAGAUGAAAAUCCACCAACUUUACCUAAAAGGAAAAAUGAAACACCACCAUUACCCAAGAGGAAACCAGAUUCAUUUGGAUUGCUACAGCCUAUAGCUAGAAAGGAAGGAAAAGAGGUGAAACCAGACACGCCAAAGAAGCCAGAAAAACCAGGAAAACUGGAAAAGUUAGAGAGACCAAGAUCAAACUUUAAACCAGGAUCAUUUCAAGAAAUGGAACAAAGAAUAAAGUCAAAUAAUUCAACUCCAUUAUUUGAAAACGUAUUAAAAUCAACAAAUUUAGAACCAAAACAGCCACCAACCCCAAAACCAAAACCAAAGCCAAAACAUUUAACAGAAGAACCAGAAUUUCUAACUAAAUUUCAACAAUUAAAACAAACGUCAGAUAAAUUAUCAUCACCACCACCAAUAAAACCAAAACCAAAACUGACAACCGAAUCAAUCGAUUUUAAAAAUGCAUUAAAACCAGCAAAACCGCAACCACGGAAAAUUUCAGAGACUUUAGAAUUUCAAAAAAAAUUAAAAGAAAUUGGUGGAGAUUCUUCAAAUAAUAAAAAUACAUUAAAAGCACCACCUAAAGUACAACCAAAAUCAUCUAAAUUAAAAUCGCAAUACGAAGAAAAAGAUUCGAAGGAGCUAAGAAACCAGUUACAAAAAUUAGCAAAUAAAAAAUCAAAACAAAUUACACCAUCUAACUCUGAUCAAACUUCGAUAAAAUCGGAAUUAGAACAACCACCUACAAAUUCAGAUCAAAUCAAAUCUACUUUACCAAAAGUAAAUGACUCAAAACUUUCAAAGAAACAACCUCCUUCAAAAACAUUACAAAAAUCAUCAUCAAAUCUUGAAGAAUCUUCAUUCGAACAUAAAUUAGGUGCAAUUCUAUCGAGAUCUCAAACUUUCCCACAAUCAACAUCAACCACAUUAAUUAAGAAUACAAGUCCCAAAAAUAAAUCAACUUCAGAAUUAACUCAUCUAACAAAAACAAGAGCAAAAGGUCCUAAAAGAAAAUUGCCUAAAAAUAUUCAAAAUAAAGAAACCACGAAACCUAUUCUGAUAAACCCACCACCUCAAAAUAAAGAUAAAGAAAUUCCAAAACAACCUAUUCUGAAGAAACCACCACCAAUUAAACAAAAACCAAAAGAAAUAAAAGUUAAACCAAGAGUAACUAGUGAAGUAUUUAUAUAA